AUGGCCGGAGACAAGCCUCAGUGUGGUAGUGAUGAUGCCUCUACAACUGAAUAUGACCUGCCACUUCACGUCGUUGGCCUGUUUCUAAUUCUUGCCUCCUCGAUACUGGGCGCUGGAUUUCCUGUGGUAGCCAAGAGAUUCAAGGCUCUCAAGAUCCCGCCCUCCAUCUUCUUUGCUUGCAAGCACUUUGGUACUGGAGUCCUCAUUGCCACCGCUUUUGUCCAUCUUCUCCCAACUGCCUUUGGCAACCUGAUGAACCCAUGCCUUCCCGAUCUCUUCACAGACAAGUACCCCCCCAUGCCCGGCGUCAUCAUGAUGGGCUCCAUGUUCAUCCUGUUUCUCAUUGAAAUGUACCUCAACGCCAAGACGGGCGGCCACUCCCACGGCGGUCCUACCGGUGAAGCCCUGACGCUCGCGCAAGACCACCACCACCACCACGAGCGUCCCGACUCCAGCGCGGAUUCAGAGGAGAAAAAGGACGACACGACUGUGAGUAUCGGCGGAAUCAGAGAUGUCGAGAGCGGUCUCGGCAGCCCCUCGGACUCGUCCUCUACCCUCAACGAGACUCUGGGCCGCGGCAACAAGAACCCCGACACACACGUGCGCUACUUUGACGAUGCCGGCCAGGAGGUCGACGCCACUGUGUACCGCAAAAUGUCAGCCAACAUCACCCUCCUUGAAGGUGGUAUUCUCUUCCAUUCCGUCUUUGUCGGCAUGACACUCUCCAUCACCGUCGACGGCUUCGCCAUCCUCCUCAUCGCCUUUGUCUUCCACCAAGCCUUUGAAGGACUCGGCCUCGGAUCCCGCAUCGCCGCUGUGCCGUACCCGCGCGGCAGCAUCCGCCCCUGGCUCCUGGUCGUCGCCUUUGGCGUCACGGCGCCCCUCGGCCAGGCCAUUGGCCUCGGCGUCCGCAACUCGUACGACCCAAACAGCGCAUUCGGCCUCAUCAUUGUCGGCGUCUUCAACGCCAUUUCCUCGGGUCUCUUGAUCUACGCCGCCCUGGUCGAUCUCUUGGCCCAAGACUUUCUCUCUGAGGAGGCGGAGAGACUGAUGGGCACGAGCAAAAAGGCGGCAGCCUUUGCAUUUGUUCUACUCGGCGCUGCCGCAAUGUCCAUUGUCGGCGCAUUCGCGUAA